UUUUAAGUUUGUCCUACACUGGUUUCCGUAGUUAUCUGGAAUUAAAAUGGCUGCCACGGUAGACAACGAUUUAAUCGAAAGAGAUUUACCUAAAGCAGUCGAGUUGCUGAACACUCUCACGGAGCAGGUAGCCUCUGUCACCAGAUAUGUACGUGAACUGCUCACCAAAGUCAAAGAUGGUGCGUUUAAGACCUCAAAGGGUUUAUCUUUCCUGGACCUUCGCUACCAGCUGAUGCUCUUCUACCUCCAGGACCUGACUCACCUGAUCAGCAUCAAGACAGCAGGAGGCAAAAUCAAAGAAAGUGAAGCCUUGGACAGAAUUGUCACAGUCAGAACAGUGCUGGAGAAGAUGCGACCUCUGGAUCAUAAGCUGAAAUACCAGAUUGAUAAACUGGUGCGCACAGCCGUGACGGGCAGUUUAGCGGUAAAUGACCCGUUGCAACUGCGCCCCAACCCUGAGAAUCUCAUAAGCAAGUUAAGUGAAUCUGAGGACUCUGACGAUGAAGAUGAAGACAAAGCAUCUUCGGCGAAGAAACCAGCCACCCAUAGCAAGAAAUAUGUUCCUCCAAAGAUUGCCCCGAUGCAUUAUGACGGUGACUUGACGGAGGCAGACAAGAAGAAGGCCCAGAUGGAGCGGCAGCGGCGAGCUGCCCUCAGGAGCUCUGUGAUCCAGGAGCUCCGGCAGCAGUACAGCGACGCUCCAGAGGAGAUCAGGGAGAAGCGCGACUUCCAGAGCGAACGGCAGAGCCACGAGGAGCUCCACAGGAAAAAUUAUGAAGAGUCCAUGAUGGUGCGCCUCACCAUGCCAAAGAGUCAUAGGAAUUCCAAGAAGAGAGGCAUGAUGGGAAUGUCCGGCCAGCUGAGCAGGAUCACACACUUUGGAGACAUCACGGCUUUGACUGGCGGUGAAGGCGGACAGGAUGGGGACGGCUCGCGACCAAAGAAAAAGAAGAAGCUCAUGAAGAAGAAAACUAAAAGAAAAGCCUUCAAGAAGCACAGAUAGACGCCGCGAUGUCUCAAUACCAAGGACUUUUCAUAACAGCUUCCAAUUCUUUGACUGGAUCAAUUUAAACCAGCUUUUCAUAGUGAAUCGUGAAAUAAACGUUUGAAGUUUUA